CGCGACAGAUGCGCGUUAAAUCCCCGAUGAAGGCGUGCGUCAAAAACUCACCAAAGCAGGAUAACAAAACAAAUAUCCGAGGGAAGAAAAGUUAGCAAAUCAAAUCGUUUUUGAGCUGACCUACUUAAAUUAUCCGGUUUAUUCCGAUUUCGUUCAUUGCAAACCUCCCUCAGUGCCUUUUUUGUGCGUUUUCCCAAAACGCAAACACGCGUCUUCCCACCUGCAGCUUGGGCGCGUUUGGGCAGCUGAUGCUUUUCAAUGACAGUUCAUCGAGCAGAGAAAAACUUGUGGAUCUGUAGUCGGUUCACACCCGACUUGUCACGGACAUAAUAGCAACAACAGAUCAAGAGAGGCACGAUAAGGGUGAGUUAUAGUGCCUGGCGCUCGAAGUGCAACAUUUGGAGAUCAGCAGCAUCAGCAGCAGCACCAGCAGUCAUGGGCAACAGUGUGUCCGGAAUCAGAGCACUGCACAGGGGACAGCAGAACAGAUUUCAAAGACUUCCAAACUCACAUAAAGACUCUCUGGGUGGACCGUUCCCCUCAACAGCUCACCGAUGCCACCACAAACCCAAACGCUGUUUACCCUUGCAUCUGUGUGGAGGUGUCCCCGUGAACCCCCUUCUCUUCCACCCCAAUGCUAAGGGCUCUCAGAUAGUCAUGGAUCUAGCACAAAGGAGCGUCAAACGGCAGGCCAGCUUCUGCAAUGCCAUCACUUUCAGCAACCGGCCCAUUGCUCUUUAUGAGCAGGUCCGCUUAAAGAUAACUAAAAAGCAAUGCUGCUGGAGUGGUGCUCUCCGCCUGGGCUUUACUUCUAAGGACCCGUCUCGAAUCAAUCCCGACAGCUUGCCCAAAUACGCCUGCCCUGACCUGGUAUCCCAGAACGGCUUCUGGGCCAAGGCCCUGCCAGAAGAGUUUGCAAACGAAGGAAACCUAAUUUCCUUCUGGGUGGAUAAGAAGGGGAGAGUAUUUUACCGCAUCAACGAUUCCAGCCCCAUGUUGUUCUUCAGUGGCGUUCGGACCACAGAGCCACUGUGGGCCCUCAUCGAUGUCUACGGUCUGACCAGAGGAGUGCAACUGCUGGACAGUGAAGUCGUCCCUCCAGAACUUCUCCGCCCACGAUCCUUCACCACAGUACGUGGAUCCACCUCUUUACGACGUGAAGCAGACACCUCCCGCCUGUCUGUCAGUCUUUGCGAUCUUAACCUGCAACAAGAUGAUGCCAGGCUUCGACUCCCUCCCGCCCCUGUCGCCUGUCCCAUUCCUCAAAAUUCCAUGAACUCCCAGCAGUCAUCACUGCUUCCUUACACCUUGGAAUGUGACCUACGUUUCCACCAGCUACGAGGUGCCCACAUCAAAACCCUUAACGAACAGACUGUGGCCCGAUCUGAAAACAACCGUGAAGAACGCACACUGGUCUUCACAGAUCGCCCACUACGAAUUGGUGAAACCAUCUUCAUCAAAGUCAUUAAGUCCAGCCCUGCUCGAUCUGGGACUCUCUCAUACGGUGUGACAUCCUGUGACCCAGCAGUGCUUCGCCCUAGUGACCUCCCUUACAAUCCUGAAGCGCUGGUUGACCGUAAGGAAUUCUGGGCGGUGUGCAGGGUGCCUACUGCUUUGCAGAGUGGCGAUAUCCUGGGUUUCCUGGUCACACAGGAAGGGGAAGUCAUUCUGAGUCAUAAUGGUAACAAUGUGGGGAUGCAGGUGUGUGUGGACAACUCACGACCACUCUGGAUGUUCUUUGGACUGCAUGGUGCUGUCACGCAGCUGAGGAUUCUAGGCUCCACUUUCUUGGGUGAUGCUCGUGACCCGUCCAGCCCUGGCUCACCCUCUGCCUCGCCCCUUUCACCCUCAGGCCUGUGCAAUGGAAGUCCAGAGCCCAGUCUUAAUGAACGUGGCUGUUCUGCUGCCUUCUGCAGCUCCACUGAAGGAACAACACCCAACUCACCCGUCAGUCUCCCUAAAUCCCCCACUUUCCCAUCUGCCUCAGGCUCAUGGCCGGAUGAGUGUUCUAUCUGCUAUGAAAACACAGUGGACACCGUCAUCUACGCCUGCGGACACAUGUGUCUCUGCUACACCUGCGGUCUCCGCCUCAAAAAAAUGGCCAACGCUAGCUGUCCUAUCUGUAGGAGAGCUAUCAAAGACAUUAUUAAGACCUACCGGAGCACUUAGGGGGGGGCCUCACUCCCCAAACCCAAGUCUCAUAAGGGCCAUUAAGGAUCUCUAAUAGAUCUCUGUUUCAAGAGAGGGUUGGUGUCACAGUUCAGGGACUUGCUCUGGCACUGCAUGGGUCUCUGUUCCCAUGGCGAUGACUUUUGAACCCCUUGAACCUUCAAGGCUCAGGCAUCCAUUCACAAAGGUCUUUGGUAUUUCAUGCUUAAGUCUCUGUUGCUAUGGUAACCAGUGAUGUUGCUGCUUUUUAGAAGCAUCUGGCUUUUCAACUGACGUAACACAAAAAUCAUAGACAGUAUCUCAUCGAAUUCAGGACAUUUCAGGUGACACAGGAGAUAAUCAAGGUUGCACAUCUCCCAUUUCUUCUACCUUCUCUGUGAGCCAUAAUAGACUGCAUAAUAGACUCUCAUUCAUAGCAUAGCUGCAUAUCCUUUAAAGCUGGACUCAUAUUCAAUAGGGGGUGUUACAGUGUUAUUUUUUCCUUCUGCUGUCCUCUCUAGUCAAAUCAGCUAAAGCACUUUCACCAUUGAAAUUCAUACAAAAGUGUUUCAGUGUUUCACAAUUUUUGUCUGUGCUGGGCUGAGACAGAAAUACAGAUAAUAAGGAACAGUGCUUUUCAUACCUCACUAUUUCAUGCUAAUUGUGUAACCAAAAGCUUGCCUUUAUUACAUGCUCUAAAGUGAGUUGAUAUGGAGGUCUUUGUGCAUUGAUGACUAUUUGAUCAUGUGUUUCGUAAUGUAAUAUGAAGCUUUGGCAGGUAGCAGGUGAAGUCAGCUAAUGGUCCGCUAUAAUUUCGCUUAUGCGUGCAUUCUACAAGCAGGACAUUGUGGUGUAAUUAAAGAGAUAUAAUUUGU